AGCAGCAGCAACAAGCUGGAGUUCAAAGUUAGCAGUAAAUUGCACAACUUCCAGCUCAUCGCUACGCUCGGUGACUAUUAACAAGCUGGAAGGCGCUCAGGGAAAAAAAUAGGGGAGAAGGGAACACCCUCGAAUUGUUUGGGGAUCGUUGAUGUUAUGCCGCUGGGAUCAUGGCUCCUUUUGGAAGGAAUUUAUUAAAAACCCGGCAUAAAACCAGGUCUCCCAGCAAGGACAUGGCUUCAAAUGAAAGAGAGAUUGUGGUUUGGGUUUGCCAGGAGGAGAAGAUUGUAUGUGGCUUGACAAAGCGCACAACUUGCUCAGAAGUGAUUCAAGCACUGCUGGAGGAACAUCAGACAACAUUUGGAGAGAAAAAGGUCCUUUUUGGAAAACCUAGUGAUUACUGCAUCAUAGAAAAAUGGAGAGGCUCGGAGCGAGUACUGCCUCCCUUGACAAAGAUUCUGAGGCUUUGGAAGGCCUGGGGGGAAGAGCAGUCUAAUUUGCAUUUUGUGUUGGUAAAGUCAGAUGCCUUCCUCUCCUUUCCACUGUGGAAGACAGCUGAAGCCAAGGUAAUACAAAAUGUAGAAAAACAGUGGGACCUCAGUCCAGCAAAUUACAUGAAGAUGUUGCCAAUAGACAAGCAAAAGAAAAUUGUGAGGAAGACUUUCCGGAAACUGGCCAAACUUAAACAGGACAGUGUUCAGCAAGAGAGAGACAAUAUGGAGACACUAAUUCAUUUGAUAAUUUCUCAAGAUCAUACCAUUCAUCAACAAGUCCUUAGAAUGAAGGAACUAGAUAUGGAAAUUGAAAAAUGUGAAGCGAAAUUCCAUCUAGAUCGUGUGGCCAAUGACGGAGAAAAUUAUGUGCAGGACUCCUACUUAAUGAUCAAUCCAACUGAGGCUGAGAAGCAAAGGAGUAGGCCAGAUGAUCAAAAAGAAAUGCAUGAGUAUUUGAGCAAAAGUGAGGGCAUUUUACAGGUUGAAGAGAGAUUGAAACAUCACAAACAAUUAAUAGAGAACCUGUGUGCUGAAAUUGAAAAAGAGGUACAAGGUAUAUGCACGGAAAAAAAUGUAGAUGAUGUUCACACAGAAGUAGCCGCUAAUGCUGAAUUGGAAAACUCAAGUUUAGAAAGUGUAAAAUAUGAGCUGGAAAAAAGUAUGAAAGAUGGUCUAAGAAUCAACUCAUACCUGAGCUGCAUUCAGAAAGAACUUACAUACAGGGACUCACUGCUUCAAAAGAAGGAAAAAGAAUAUGAACUUCUUACCGAAGAAUUUAAUUUACUGCAUGUUAAAGACAACGUUGAAACUAGGCUUCAGCCAAAUGAAGAGCCAUCCAAGGGCAGUGGCAUCUCCAGUAACAGCACUGCUGUUCCUGACUUUGUUCAUAGAGUGACUAAUCUGGACAUAAAUGAUACAGACUCUGAUACUGGAAUAAGCUCUACACACAGUCAGGACUCUGAAAUAACCUCGGGGGACAUGGUACUGUUGUCAACAUAGUUGAAAACAGUCAUGCAUUUAUGAAAGGUCAUAUUUUGAGGAUAUUUAUAAGGAUUAGUAAAUCUUUUUGUCUUAAAAGUUAUGCUCUUCAAGAUGUUAAAACUCUGGCACCGCUUUAACAAAGUAAACAGUGUCUAUUUAUGUCCUUAAUAGUAUACUUGUGCUGAAAACCAUGUGCAGUAUCAUGGUUUAACUGCUGAUAGGUGCAAAGUUGUUGGCUUUGCUACAUCAAGACAGACUGCUUAGAUCUUGUAGUAUUGAUAAUUAGUGAAACAGGAGCAUUCUGACUGUCUUGGCCCAAAAAUUUGGAGAUUUGAUAUCCUUUGAUCUUUGGGUCCACUCCUGCAUCUCUCUAACUUUUUAGAAACAUGAAGUAGAGACGAGAGCAAACUAGACAGAGAGUUUUAUUUUCUACUCUGUUACAUUAGCUUUAUUCAGAUGGAGUUUCCCUGCCAUGAAGCUGCUGUAAAGGAAUAUAUAAUUGAGCAUGUAAUCUGUUAAAAAUAGUUUUUAUGAUAUUGUAGGACAAAAGAAAUAUAAUAGUAUUUAUGUUGUAUUUUUAAAUUUAGUUUCAUCAGGAUAUUUUCAAAAACUCCUAAGUCCCAUUUAAAAAAUUACCUUACACACAUAGGUUUUGAAUUUCGAUUCUCUUUCAGUGGCACUUACCUGCUUUUAAGAUUCUUAAACCCCCUACUUAUGAGCUAUUACCCUGUAGUUGCUCCAGUGAUUUUUAAGUCCAAGUAGUUUCUGCCAGCAGGCAUGUCAGAACUGCUUAUGUCCUGCUUUUGCGAGAUGCUCAAAUCUCAAACUCACACUUAACCCCAGGGGGAUUUUCAGAAAGCAAGGCUUUCUCCUGACUAUCUCAAUGGUUGGAUCCAGUGUCUUAAGCCUCCUCUAAAAAUGACUACCAAAAAAAGUGUAGCAGAAGUGACAGGCAGGAACAAGACAUUUUUGUCUCUGGCUAGACACUUUACCAAUAGCCACUUAGUUACUAUUUUCAUGUAGCAGGUAGGUUGCCAAAUCCCAUCUCAUGUUUUGGAGCAGGAACCUGUAAAUCCUACUUCCUCAGUGAGGAUUUCAGGAUACAGGUAAAACUGUCCACUUUUUAUAGCUAAUUAAAUAUUGGAGCCCAGGUAAAAUAAAAAAAAAAAAAGAGGGAAUGCAAAACAUGAGAAUUUUACAGCUAUGUGAUUAAGUUAAAUGAUUUCAUUUAAGAUGUAGUAGUUGA